UAAUUGAUAAUUGUCAUGUGGAUGUAUAUUGGAUGAUAAAAUGAAAAACCCGAAUACGUAUGCUAUAGCCGACAAAAUGUACUUAAAAACUUUCCCUAUGUUCACAUUUCCUCCAUGAAUUUUUUUGUUACAUGCAUUUUUUUGUGAUCGAAAAUUGAAUUGAUAUAAAAAGGAAUGGAUUCAUUAAUCGUUCAUCAAUUUUUUCGAAGUUUUAUUUUUUUAGUCCAUUUUUCAUAAUGUUUGACCAUAAACCGACAAAAAUUCUUACAGCCAAUAAAAUCAAUAUUUUGGCUAUAUGGUUAGUAAUUGGUUCGAUUCUAUUUUAUUCUGCAUCCAAAUAUCCGUUACAAGAAACAUUCAAAACUGUCUAUUCUCACAUACCCGGUUGGAUUGAACCUGAUGAUGAUGUUGGUCGUGAUAUUUUUGAUUUGAUUAACUCAAGAGGAUUCGAAUAUGAAUCACAUUUUGUUGAAACCGUCGAUGGCUAUAUACUACAAUUAGUUCGUCUUGUAAAUCCAUUCACCAAAUAUAAUCAAACACGUUAUCGUCCUGUAAUCCUUUCACAUGGUGUUGAAUGUACAGGUUCAGAAUUUCUUAUCAAUAAUCCUGGAUAUUUAAAUUCAGAUGGUACUUAUUUGGAAUGGGAUGAAAAUGAUAAUCUGAUCAAUGGUUCGGAAAAAAUAACAAACACAUUGGGUUUUACUUUAUGCUCAUAUGGAUACGACGUAUGGUUAGUGAAUUUUCGUGGAACAAUCUAUUCUUUGAAUCAUACUAAAUUGGAUAUCAACGAUCCAGAAUAUUGGAGAUUUUCAAUGGAUGAAAUGGUUAAUAUAGAUCUACCAUUAAUGAUUGAUUAUAUAUUAGCAACAACAACAUCCGAUACAUUAACAUAUAUAGGCCAUUCACAAUCGAAUAUUCUAAUGUUGGCAUUAAUGUCUGAAAACGAUCAUUAUCAACAAUUAGUAAAACCAUUCAUAGCACUUUCACCAACAUGGCAUCUAACCAAUGUUCGAAGUAACCUAGUUUUUUUCAAUUUAUUUGAACCUUAUCUAAAAUUAUCACCGGGUCCGUUAGUAUUUCAUGAUAUGAAAACCGUACGAUCUGUUCUAUCAACACUUUGUUCAAAUCGUAUGAUACGAUGGAUUUGUUAUCAAAUUUAUGAUAUGUCAGUUGGUUAUCAACCUUCCGAUAUUCGUUUGGAUCGUUUUCCUGUUCACAUUUAUAAUAUACCAUCAGGUGCAUCCAAUGAUAAUGCUAUACAUCAUAUGCAAACAUGGAGAACCGGUAGAGUUAGCCAUUAUGAUCAUGGUUUAGAGAAAAAUUUAUUAUUAUACAAUCAAUCUGAACCACCAUUGUACAAUGUUUCACGUAUCAAUUCAGCACAUAUGGCAUUUUUUCAAGCUUCACAUGAUCGUAUCAGUUCAAUCGAAGGCAAUAUACAAUUGAAGCAACAAUUAUCAACACCAUUACUGGAAGAUUACGUAAUUAAUAGGACAGAUUUUGAUCACAUGAGUUUUGUUUGGAGCAAACAUGCUGGCAUUUUGGUAAAUGAAAAAAUUCUACAGCUCCUAUCAUUGUACGAAAAUGAUAAUCAAACUUGUUAAGUGAUAUUGAAUAGAAACUUUUGUAUCUAAAUAAAUCGUUAAUUUUUUGUUGUUGUUGUAAAUAAAUACAUUCACAUAAUAAAACGUAUUUGAUAAUUAUCAUUAAAUAAAGUUCAAUAGAAAUUUUGAUACGCAUU